GUGGCAUUGACGAGGCAUCUGGUUUUUGGCAGAAAAAGCAGAAAACUGGAAAUAAAUGCAUUGGAGAUCAACAUCAAAAACAGUUCAAGAUUAGAUCUUUGUUGAAGGUGCGCGAAAAUUUAUUAUUUGAGGUUACAAUACUUCAGAAAUGAAUAAUUAUUAGUUAUGAACGAUAAUAUGGCAAUAGACGACAGUGAAUCAGAAGACUUGUUGUACGUUAAAGACAGCGAAAAUAUCGACAAUAACCAACCGUCAAUUUGGCUGAAUGAUGAUAACGAUGACAUUGAUAUUCAACAAUUUUUUCACAGAGUUGAAUCCGACGAAAUCAUAUAUCAGACAAAAAAGAAAAGAUGCAAGAUGAUUGGCAAGUAUGUUAUGGGUGAUAUGCUAGGGGAAGGUAGUUAUGCUAAGGUUAAAGAAGCACUUGACUCUCAAACUCUUUGUAGGAGGGCUGUAAAAAUCCUCAAAAAGAAGAAGCUAAGAAGGAUACCAAAUGGAGAAGAAAACGCACGAAGGGAAAUUCAGCUCCUCAGAACGCUCAGGCAUAAGAAUGUGAUAGAACUAGUAGAUGUUAUGAUAGACGAGGAGAAACAAAAGAUGUACAUGGUAAUGGAGUAUUGUGUGGGUGGAUUGCAAGAUAUGCUUGAAAGUACUCCUGAUAAGAAGUUUCCAACUUGGCAGGCACACGGGUAUUUUUGUCAGCUGUUGGAUGGACUCGAGUAUUUGCAUAGUCAGGGAAUCGUGCAUAAAGAUAUUAAACCAAGCAAUCUGCUGCUCACAUUGGAUGGAACGCUCAAGAUUUCUGAUCUGGGAGUAGCAGAGGCAUUAGAUUUAUACGCAGCGGACGACACAUGCUAUACUAGUCAAGGAUCGCCAGCUUUUCAGCCUCCAGAAAUAGCCAAUGGCAAUGAUAAGUUUCACGGAUUCAAAGUGGAUAUUUGGAGUAGCGGAGUCACAUUGUAUAAUCUUAAUACGGGUCAAUAUCCUUUUGAAGGCGACAAUAUCUACAGGCUAUUUGAAAGCAUAGGUAGGUGCCAGCUGACAAUCCCCACUGAUUUGGACCCCAUGCUACAAGACCUACUGGCUGGCAUGCUUCAAAAAGACCCCGAGACAAGACUGAGCCUUCAACUUAUUAGGAAGCAUCCAUGGGUGAUCAGGAAGCCUGCUCGCACAUUAGAAUUCGUACCUGUACCCCCGAGAGCGGGUGACGAGACGCACUCGAUGACGGUGCUCCCAUACCUGUUUGAUGCCUACGACCAGGCAGAAGCAGCCAGCCACGCCGGCUCCACUGAGUAUAUCACCGAGAGACAGCGCAACGAAGAAGAGCGCGGUAGUCGGUUGCAGCCAAUGCUGGAGACAGGUGGUGGGGAUUUGGAGAGCACGAGCUCGGGCAACAACGGAAACGGAGCGGCAGCAUGCAGCAGUCAGCCAGAAGCGAAGCGGUCGUGGCGACGCCCCACCUCCUGUCUCAGCGUCAAGCGACUCUCCUCCUGUCGUCCGUCGUGACCGCCUACCUACACUCUGUGGCAGAGAGCCAAGUGCUAUGGUGGCUGAUGGUGGCCCCAGCUGUUUUGCUUUCUCCAUUCGACUGGCUGCGAUGAAAUCGACGUCUAAUGGAGCCAAUAAAACAGCACAAACACACAACGCUGAUUAUCUAUUAUGAAUUCGACAGUGUUAGGCAUUAUUCGACUAAGCGAUCGACAUUUAAAAUAGAGGAACAUUUUGGUACAGAAUCUUGCAAUUCAUUGUUAAAAAAAUAAUCACUGAUCUCCUAGCGAACGUUUUUAUGAAAACCAUAGGUAGGCAAGCUCAUGCGUCACUUCUGGAAUACAGCUUCUGUGAUUUGCGUCAAUAAAACAAGAACCUUCAUUAACGCGUUAUUCAACACGCCGUUAGCCUUGGUACUCUCGUAUCAAAUACGGUAUUGCACGUUGUGAUCCGAAAGAUUACUCCUCUCAAAAUCAUUAGUUUUAUUAAUUUUCCAAUAGAUUAAUUAUAUUGGAAGGCAUACACUGAUAAAAAGAAGAGUUAAUCGAAAGCUAUUUCAAAUUUAAUUAGUAUUCAAUCCAAUCGAAUUCAAACCUUCUUCUCAGAAUGAAUGUACAUAUUUUUGAGUUAAUAAAUUGCUUGUUCAAUUAAGUAUUUUGAUGGGGCUACUUCAAUGUUCAAUUACAGAGAAUACUCGUCAUUCUCUGUAAUUCUCGAGUAUUCUCUGUAAUUUAAUGUUUUGUUAGUCAUUAAAAUCUUAGAUUGCACUUGAUGUCGUUCUAUGAACUUUCUCAAGUGAAGGAAACUGUUAAAUCAAAAUUCAUUGUAUCAUGUGUGUAAGCUGUGUAUUGUAUAACAAGCUGUGUAUUGUAUUUCACGAUACCGUUCACUUUACAGAAAAUUUACAAGAGACAAAGAAAGGAAGUGUCAUUUUCGGUUAACAACUAACUGAUAUGAGCUGAACUGCGUCGUUCUGAAAGACUGUGUGAUGUAACGAGAUUCUGAAGCCCUUUGGUUACAACAUGGCUGUAACCAACUGUAAUACUGAGUUUAUAACUCAUCUAUAUUUACUGUAAAAUUGAUGAAUGAUUAUGCUUGAAUGAAGUUGAACUAGAAAAAGCGACAUUAUCAUACAUAUACAGAGUGUUUCAGAAGUAGUGACGGACAUUGUAGGGUAUUGUUCCUGGAUGAUAGGAGACUACAACUGUCGUAUUUGAAGUGUCCAAAACUCAGCGGUUAUCCUUAUAGCUGCCAUUU